AUGAGCGUCCCUAUGGUUGACACUAUCUACCAACAGCUUUCAUACCCGUCCACUAUGCUUUCUAUCUCGACAUUUCUGUCAAUACUGGCCCUGGCGACCACCAUUUUAGCAGGUCCCAUCCCCGCGAGACCAGACAUUACCAAGGUCGUCAUCCCAAAAGUGCGCAUCAACACCAGAUCUUCUCCAAUCAUUAAAGCCUCUAUCGAAAACCCCGACCCCGUAGUUGGCAGAGCUGCUCCUGUUGUCGAUGUGCUUAUCACAAACCCUGACGAUGUCGUCAACUAA